AUUAUUUUCUUCUGUGAUGUUCCACCUGAACAAGGAAAUGGAGGAGAAAGUGUAAUAUGUGAUGUGAGAGAAACGUUAUCAAAGCUUGAUCCGGAAAUUGUAGACAAAUUUGACAGACUUGGAAUUCAAUAUCGACUUUAUAUCUCUAGCUCAGGAAAGUAUAAAAGUAUACAAAAUGUGUUUGGUACAACUGACAAGGUUAUAAUACAGAAGUUCAUGGAAGAUCGUGGAUAUGGGCACACAUGGGAGAAUGAUGGAUCAUUAUAUUAUUGGUCAACACUGCCCGCUUUCAGAACACAUCCCAAAACAAAAGAAAGGGUCUGGUUCAAUUCAGCAUCGUUAGGUCAUGCAUCCUUCUUCAGAGAUCACCCAUGCUAUGCUGGCAUGGAUAUUCCAGAUGACAAACUUCCCUACACUUGUUACUAUGGCGACGGUAGCGAAAUUGAAACUGAGACUCUACGACAUAUCCGUGACGUCAUGUGGCAAUCGACAGUAGGUUUUCAAAUGGAAAAAGGAGAGGUGUUAGUUUAUGAUAAUAUUUAUUCUCAACAUGGUAGAAUAGGGUAUACUGGUGAACGUAAAAUGUAUGUGACUCUUAUCACAAAUUAA